AUGCCUACACCCUCGCCUGUCGAGGACGACGAUCUACCAGAGCUCGUCGACUAUGAGCCACAGGCAUACGUCCCUCCGCCAAAUGACGCUCCCUCGCCCACUGCGGGUCCUAACACCGUGCACAUCGACCUUCUAAGAAGCUCCUGGACAUCCCCAGGACGUGUACCACUGCACGCCGUCCUUCUAUGUGUCACGGACUCAUGGUUGGAGACCUUUUACGAGCUACGAGUACCCGUGUACUUUCAGGACUUUGCCAGCACACCAUUGGGACACUGGAAGGACGUUGUGGAGGCAGUACAGAACUGUUCUUAUGGACUCCUUCGGGAACGGUUGUCCGAGCACCAGUUUGUCCUUCUGCUCGAUUUUGUGAGGACCCUGGAGCGCCUGGCUAUCGCCCGAUCCUGCAAUCGUGGCAUGAAUUCGCCCGUCUGA